UCGCGCGUAAACUGUAUCCUUCAUUCAUUGUUAGCUUCCUGGAGCCAUUUUCAGAUGAAGAGGUUGCGCUCCGCUUCAGCCGAACAAUCCAAACCAUCUGCUGAUAUGAAGAUAUUAUGUGCGGAGAAAUGUUAACAUAUCGGUAGUUAAGACGUUAGUCUAAUGUUGGCCGUGAGUAUUGGCAACAAAAUCGCGGCGGAUAAAUAGAUAUAAAGGUCUAAACCUGGGAAGGGACAAAAGGCAUUCGAGUCCACAAAGAUGAGAAGAGGGAUAACAUCAGCCACGGAGAAAGUAAUUAUUACAGGAGUUAGUGGCUCUACGCUCGAUAAAAACGUAGUUUUGACAGCAUUAUCCGAUCGGUUAACAUCAACUCUUCCCACUACCACGUAUAUACAUAUAAUAACCCCGCCGCCCAACAUUUCUCAAACCUCAAGUAUCUGCCUGUCUGAACCUGCAAAUGGCAAUUUGUACUCCACUCCUCACGGAGCUUCACUUGGAGCAGGACAGCGACCAACUUUAGGACGUCCACCGGCAAAGAGGCGCCUGGCGUUGGAUGAUACGGAUCAGCUCCCCUCCACUCAGCUGGGGUCGACUCCCAAGGGCAGAGAUGGCCCCGCUCUGGCCAACAUCAAACCUUGCAAAACUCCCAAGUCUCCGGCUGACAAGGAGAAGUCGCGGUACGACACGUCUCUGGGCCUCCUGACCAAGAAGUUCCUGCAGCUGCUGAGCCAGGCGCCGGACGGUGUGGUGGACUUGAACUGGGCCGCCGAGACGCUCAGCGUCCAGAAGAGGCGUCUCUACGACAUCACAAAUGUCCUGGAGGGCGUGCACCUGGUCAAGAAGAAGUCCAAAAACAACAUUCAAUGGAUGGGCUGCAACUUGUCGGAGGCGGGGGGCGUCGGGACCCAGCGGCAGGCGCUGAGCAGCGAGCUGGCCCGACUGCAUCAGGAGGAGCUGAGGCUGGACCAGCUCAUCACCAGCUGCACACAGGACGUCAAGCUCAUGACCGAGGCCCCCGCCAACCAGAAGCUGGCCUAUGUGACGUAUGAGGAUCUGCGGCACAUAAACGGUCUGCGAGAUCAGACGGUCAUCGUGGUGAAGGCGCCGGCGGACACCAAGCUCGAGGUGCCCGACCCAGAGCAGAAUUUACAGGUGCACUUGACCAGCACCAAGGGCCCCAUCGAUGUCUUCCUGUGCCCGGAGGAGAGCGAGACGGACAGCCCCAUCAAAGAUGGCGGCCAAAGUAGCGCUGCCACUACGUUCAUGAAAGUGUCUGAUGAUGGCGACCAAGGGUGCUCGUCUCCAGCAGUGGCAGUGACCAACCUGUCCCCCAUCGACUCGCCCUUCACAAGCCUCCUACUGCAGACGGACGACCAGAACCCGUCGGCGUCAGACCUCUCCUCCUUCCUCAGCCUUUCCCCCCCGCUGCUCCAGGAUGACUACCUGCUCGACCCCGACGAGAGCGUAGGCAUCAGUGACCUCUUCGACACCUGCAACCUGGACAAGCUGCCCCUGGACUACCUGCUGUGCAACUGACCCCACCCAGACCUGCAGUAGCCCCAGUCUGACAGCAGGGGGGCGCUUGAGUCGAUAGACUCUUGCCCCUCCCCCUGUCCAUCUGCCAAGUCAUCAUCACUGCUGACUGCCAGUGGUGUCUCCGUUCCCAAGACCUCUUGGAAUCAAAUAUGAUCAUUACCACCCGCUGCCAAUACUAGUCCGUACCAAUUAGCUCUGAAACAGGCAACCAGUGGGCACACCAUCAUGUUUAUAAGAAGACUUCAGGUCAGUGGGUGUCUCUGUUUAGCCUGUUGACGAGCCCCAUUCAGUUUCGGUUUAGCAGAGCCAGGAGCCUGUGCUUGUCUGAGGGAGAUAAAGGUCUGACAUUUUCUAAUAUUAUUAAUAUGGAAGUUAAUAUAAAUUGAAGACCACUUGAGACUGAUUGAGUCUCCCAUAGAAAGAUGGGAUAUUGGUGGUGGUUGAGUGUGCGUGUGAGUGUGUGGGUGAUCAACAAGUGAGCAGUCCUGUUUUUUCCGUGUCUCUUUAUGUACAGCUAUGUAUUUGCGCCUAUUUGAUUUAAGAAGAAUGCAAAAAUGAAGAGACCACUGUUCACACACAGGGGCAGCACAGCAAGUGCAUUUCAACUUUCUCUCGGCUCUUCGGCUCUUAGGAGGACGUGCUUGCAUGCUGAGCGGAAGCGGUCAAACACACUCACACAUGCUACGUGGCUAGCUUUUCCAGUGUGGAUGACCUGUGUUUAAGGUGAACACUCAGCUGGGUGCUUUUGUGGCGAUGGUGCCUUAACCCCCCCUGGAGUUCAGGACCAGCAGGACCCCCCCCCCCCCAAACGCACACACACAGAUUAAUAUGUUUACUUGUGUUGCUAGGUAGCGUUGCCAAGCUGCACCCAUGGGUGGGCCAGGGGUGCUCCCUCUCUCUCCAUCUCUCUCUCCCCCUCUCUCUCUCUCUCUCUCUCUCUCUCUCUGUCUCUGUGUAUGAGUAGGUGUGUGUGUGUGUGUGUGUGUGGGUGUGUGUGUGGGUGGGGUAUGUUCAAUUUGGCUCUUGUCUGAUGUUUUCUAUGUAAUACGGUUGUUUAAAGAAACAUUUAUUGUCUGAAAGCGAGAUGCUUUGUAAAGGUUUGAUACAAAUGAGACUUGUCUGAUUUUAAAAAAGCAAAGAAAAAAAAAAAAAAAGCAAUAUUGAAGUAUGUGAUGACACAUACUCAUGCCUUGUUCAUAUGUGUAUAUGUUGCAUCAAGAGGACAAGACAACAUGCUGCAAACCUUUUCCCUGAGGCAUGGAGUAAUCUCAUGUCAAACUCAGUGUUGACCAGCUCAGAACGGAUCAGUCAGGAUAUGUCUUAACCCUUCGAUGGAAAUGUGUUGUACCCUCUCAACUCUUCAUUACCCGCCUCCUUUCAAAAUGGCUGGACCUCAUUAUAAGGGCGGAGAAUGAUUUCCUGGAAUGAUUUUACAUAAAUGCACUUUAUACUGCUUAUGGUCCCAGCAGGGAACUGUACCUGUUUAACCACAUAGCCAUUAGAGGAAUGCAGGACUUCUUACCUUGCGGGCUAAUUUUUUGUCUUUUAUGAAGAAACAUUUGAAAGGGAUUCCCUCAAGACAGAGGGAAUAUCGAAAUAUUUGAACUUGCAUAAUGCUUGUCCAUUCUGUCAUCUUAGAAUUUAUUUAUGUACCAUAAAUAAGUAAUUUUCUAAUAUAUCUGUCAUUUGAAAUAUACAGCUUUGUCUAAAUGAAAGUAUGUAUGUGUGUAUGCAUAUGUGUGUAUGUGUGUUGAAGUUUGUUUCUUGAAAGCUUUGCUUAUAUGCUCAGUAAAUAAACUAAGCACCAAGUUCAAGUUAUUUUGGUCUGCAUGUGAUGUUAACUAGAUGGGGGGACCUCCACUUGUGUUUCUCUAUCCAAUGUUUAUCAUAUUCUAUCCUAGUGGAACUUGCUGCAGGAGUCUUAGAUUUUGACAUUGGCCCAACUGCACCUGACUGACAUCCAUUUUGACCUACACCAAAUCAUGGCCUUAUGGAAGCUUUAACUUUGGUAUGCCCUCAGUUUAUCCAAUGCAUUUGGUGAUAAUUAAAGUCACUUGUGUACUUUGUUUUUUCUCUUUGGGAGCAAGGAAGCAGAUUUGUAUACGUCUCGUUUGUAAAGCUGUACUGAUCAUGGAAAGGUCCACUCAGUGUAUGUUAUCACUUAGCAGUUUAGUUCACAGUAGCUGUAGGGAGACAGGCAGGUGGUUUCUGAUCAAAGGUGUUCUUACCGUCUGUCACCACCAUGGUACUUGUGCAUGCACGUUAGUGUGUAGAAAUAGUGCCUUCAAACUUCCUUCCUCCCACAGAGGAGCAGUGUGGCCCAAAGCAAACCAAUGCUACAGUACAUGUUUCUUUUGCCUCAAUCCUGCAACUGUGAUCGGGUUACCAGCUAUUGCAGUCAUUGUAGCUGAUGUCUAUUUCCUGUACUUCAAUCAACUAAACAGAAAAAAAAACAGACCAUAAUAUUGCUGCUAUUGCUUUCAGUUUUUAAUAACUACAAUGUUAAAAGUUUAGUUAUAGAAUGGCUGUGCAUAGGGCUGCAUGUUAACGGAAAAUCUAAAUCAAACCUAAACCAAAUCCUAUCCUUGGAAUGGCAUUCUGAGGGAAAUGCGGCUAUUUAAUACAACCACGAUUUCUGAUUCUGUCAUGGACGUAUAUUUUGAAUCCUAACCCUUCUAAGCUUCUGCUUGGAACUCGGAUGAAUGGAUUGAGGUGGAGGGUUCAGUGUUCUUUUUAGGGAAAGCCACAGAGGAAUCUACAUCACUCUUGAUGACAGCCAGAACGCAAUGUUAUACUCCAGCCCUAACUGUCCAUGUUCAGGCCAGUCUUAGUUCUCGCAUAUGCAUUAGUUAUGACUCAAUCUGUUAGGUUAUUUAUGCAUUGGGGAGGCUAAGAUGACCUUACUGACUGCUGCUGUACUGUAUGUAUGUAUGUAUGUAUGUAUGUAUGUAUGUAUGACCUUAACUUUGUUCUAUGUUCUAAUAUGGUGUUCUUCAGCAUGGUGAUGUAUUUAGCAGCUGGGGUUGAGAACAGAGUUGAUAAUGAGAGGAAUGUGGCAUAGUUAUUUGAAGACCAUGUCAGAGGAGUUUUGCAUUUUUGAUGUGAGUGCAUGUGGGGAAUUCACCCAUUAAUGCUCCCGUAUUUCAUGUUUUAUAGAAAUUUGAGUGUGUAUUUAAGAGUUAUGUAUUUUAUAUUCAAUGUAAUUUACCAUUAAAGGACAA